GCAGGACGCACAGUCAGUCUGCAGCUACCAGCUACCGGCCAAGCUAACGCAUGCUAGCCAUGAGCUAACAAGGAGCUAAGCUGAGUCUCUCUAUUUUUCUCCCCCAUUUUUUAAAGCCACUACAUUUCACAUUUUUCUCAGCCUUCGUGUGAGACACAGCACCCAGGGGCGAGCACCACUUAACUAACCGGAAUUUCUCGGUCAACUCUCUCUCUCUCGUCGCAGCUGAAAUUGUCCGUCUGGAAUUUUUUACGGUCUUCAUUUCACCUCGCGGUCCUUCCCUCCACCUCCUUGAACAACUUUCUCCCCACUUCACACUUAAAUCUCCUGCGAACACAGAGCCAUGGCAGCUGCUAAGCCAAAAGGGCAGAACUCUCUAGCCCUUCACAAAGUGAUCAUGGUGGGCAGCGGAGGAGUGGGCAAGUCGGCCCUCACGCUCCAGUUCAUGUAUGACGAGUUUGUUGAAGACUACGAACCCACCAAAGCAGACAGCUACAGGAAGAAAGUGGUGCUGGACGGAGAGGAGGUACAGAUCGACAUCCUCGACACAGCUGGACAAGAGGACUACGCGGCCAUUCGGGAUAACUACUUCCGCAGUGGCGAGGGUUUCCUCUGUGUCUUUUCCAUCACAGAACUGGAGUCGUUCGCAGCGACAGUAGACUUCAGAGAGCAGAUUCUGCGAGUGAAGGAAGACGAGAACGUGCCCUUCCUCUUGGUUGGUAACAAAUCAGACUUGGACGACCGACGGCAGGUGAGCGCGGACGAAGCGAAGGCACGUGCAGAGCAGUGGGGAGUGUGCUAUGUGGAGACUUCUGCCAAAACCCGUGCCAAUGUUGACAAGGUGUUCUUUGACUUGAUGAGAGAGAUCCGGGCGAGGAAAAUGGAGGACAGCAAAGAGAAGAACGGCAAGAAGAAAAGCAAAAGUUUGGCCAAGAGAAUUAGAGAGAGAUGUUGUAUUUUAUAGUGGUUAAAGAGAGCAGGAGAGCUGCUUAUAUGUACAUAUACAUUUCUCAGACUUUUGCAUUUAUUUUGUGCCCGUACCUGACCAUGACUUUCUGUUCCUGGUUACCAGGACAUCUGACUGUGUGUCAGGGAGUAGUAAGGUGGCACUCCAUACACCAUUUAUAGCUCUAACUUUUUAUGUGCUGACACUCCAAAAUAAUUUAUGUACUCUCUCUCUUACUCUGACCACGUUACAGAGCGUAAUAAAUGGACGGUGUUUUAAUUUAGGCCCGAAAGCUUUUUUCGACAAAGAAGCUUUUUAAAGGCCCCUGAAAUGUUCUAA